AUGGUCGCCAUGAAGAAAUCUGCCCUCGCGCUGGCGAUGGCUACCGCAGUCAGCGCUCAAACAUCGUCUGUUGUCAAUGUUCUCAUUCCUGGUGCGGACGAGCAAACUCUUAUGGGGUCCCUCAUUGCUUCUGAUGCUUCCAAGACCACAAUGGCAAUCUCGUGUCCCUCCAACGCUGAUAUGAGCGAAUGCGGAUUCGGCCCAGAUGCGGUUACCAUUACCUUCGGCCCAUCGACUUUCAAGGCACUGGAGACUUUCGAUCCUUUGUCGCUGGUGCUCGACUGCAAUGUGAAAGGAACAACAGCCGUUACGUGCACAGAGACAUAUAUCGGGCCAGCAGACGUCCUGAACGCGCAGACCGCCACGGAUGCGGAUGCGUUGACGGCAACCGACACUGAUACGCAGAUCAUCACAACGACCAGCGUCACGGUCCUUUCGCAGUCGGAAAUUGUUUUCAUGCCAGUGACCAUCACCGCGUUCGCCGAUUCUAGCGACAAUACUAGUGCUGGCACCACUGGGGCAAGCGGAACUGAAUCCACAGCUACGUCAACGGGAUCGGGAACAAGUGGUACGGCGUCUAACAGCGCCAGCGGAAGUGCCAGUGCAACAAAUGACAGCAACAGUGGCGCAAGCGUGGGAGCCACUCGCUGGGAGUUUGUUUCCGCGGUGGGCGCCGGGUUGAUCGGGCUGACGAUGAUGUUAUUGUAG